CAGUCGAAGUCGGAGGUGAACUUAUUUCCGUCUCGUCCAUUGGUUUGGAGAAGGAGGAAGAUUAUCAUCGUCGUCAUAGCUUCCUGAAACCCCCCCAAAAAAUGGAUUUAAUAGAAUUCAGCUUUUAAAAACUGACAUUUUUCAAAGGAUUAGAAAAGGACUGGAAUCACAGCAAAUGGAAGUUGAGGGACCCUCUAACACAGGGGUAGGCAACUAGAUUCAGUUGGGGGACGAUUUUUGUUGGAGCGGAUGGUUGGGGGGUCGGAACAUAAUUAUAAUAAUUUGUACAUUACAAAUUGACCACAACAAAACCCAAAUAGAGAUUGUAUUUGAAAAUAACAAUACUUUCCUACUUUGAUUACAUUGAUUUUACUGUCUUUUUUAAUCCCCCCAAAAACUAAAAUCCUGAAAAAAAUUAAAAUACUUAAAAACAUUUUAUUUUAUUUUUACUAAAGACUUUGGGGGGGGGGGCAACAACAACAAAAAAAUAACUUGUGGGCCGGUUUUGGCCUGUUGCCGACCCCUGCUCUAACAAAGCAGCAGCAUCUCACCCACCAUGACUACAUGUACUUUUACCAGUAUGAAACCAAUCCAGUCUGCGUUCCCUAGAACGACCACAGAACUGCCUUCCAUUUCUUCAUCCUCUUCCUCAUUGCCUCAACUGGGUGGCCAGAGCGGCUUCAGGAGAGUCUGCACCACAGAUGAACCCACUGCCUGUCCAAUCCCUGGACUGGCAGCAGGCGUGCUCGAAAUGAGAGUGAAGGAAGGGAGCAAGAUCCGAAACCUCUUGAGAUUUGUAAUGGCUCGUAUGCAGAGGGAGGAACAGGAAGUGGAUGGGAGUCAGAUUCAGACCAUGCUGAGUGUGAAAGAGGGAGUGACAGUGGACAGGAUUCAGAUGGGGAAGAGGCAAGGAGAGGGAGUCAUGGACAUUGGCCGGAGUCAGACCCGGACCGGGCUGAGAGUGAGACAGGUGGUUUUCACUGGAUCAGGAAAAGGGAUCACCAAAACCAUAACAUGUGUUGAGAUCCUGAAACGGAAAGUGGGAGGACUACACCAGUUAUCCAAGCUCCACUACAAGACUGUGAGUGAGGUGUGGGAGAGUCAGGAGACUGACAUGACACCCAGGUCAAGGAUGACUGUUCAUAAGACUGUUCCUGCUAUCACUAUCCUGCUCUCCAAACACCCAUUGGACCCAAGUGAGCCUGGGUAUCAGCCCCCAGAAACCCAGCAUGGUCCUAGCUACCAACCCCAAGGGUACCAGCCUCCUAGGUAUCAGCCCCCAGAAACCCUGCAUGAUCCUAGCUACCAACCCCAAGGGUACCAGCCUCCUAGGUAUCAGCCCCCAGAAAUCCUGCAUGAUCCUAGCUACCAACCCCAAGGGUACCAGCCUCCUAGGUAUCAGCCCCCAGUGACGCUAUGUGACAGUGUGAAAAUUCAACCUCGACCACAGCUUGAACUCCGCAAAACACAACUGUUGUCAAUACCACUGACCCAGAAAAGCCAAAGCCCUUUUUGGUUCCAGAGUACCGGUACCUCUAGGUCUCAGGAGGGCAGUAGAGAUGCACAGAGCUGUACGCCACACCUGUAUGCAGCCUCGGAGAAAGAGAGGAAAACAGCAGGAGGAGAGAUACUCUACAGUCCUUGUUCAUACAUAUUGCCUGGUCCUGAAGCCAAGAGAACCUGUAUGGAGAACCACCUGUUCCCCUCGACUCCCUCAACUUGAAAGAAACUUGAGUUCCAUCUAUUCUGUGCUCCUGUUAGACACAACAGAGAAACAGAGGAAAGUGAGGAGACAACUGGAAGAGAUUGCUUUUGAGUAAAAGUUUAGGCU